CAGGACUCUCUCCGGAGAGCCUUGCUCCUCCUCCUGCUGCUCCUCCACCUCCUCCACAGUCCUUAUCAUGGCGCAGUUCGGGCGGUAUCGCCUCCUCAUCGUGGCUGUGGCGUUCCACCUUGUCUACAUUUACAGCAUUUUCUCGAUUUACUUUGUGAGCCCCAUCGUUCAUGGCAUGAGUGAGCACUGUGUGGAGACUCAAGAAGCUCCCGCGAAGCGUCUAGUACUAUUCGUUGGCGACGGUCUCCGCGCAGACAAGACCUUUCAGUCCUUCCCGAACCCUGACCCCAAUGCGACCACGCCAGACACACCGCAGCUGCUUGCAGACUACGCAAAGACCCCUCGCCCUCUCGCGCCUUUCCUACGCUCCAAAGUACUCGAAAGCGGCACAUUCGGUGUCUCCCAUACUCGUGUACCUACCGAAUCGCGCCCAGGUCAUGUUGCGCUCAUCGCAGGACUGUACGAAGAUGUAUCCGCCGUGGCCACAGGAUGGAAGCUCAAUCCCGUGAACUUCGACAGCGUGUUCAAUCGCAGCCGUCAUACGUGGAGCUGGGGCAGCCCAGAUAUUCUGCCUAUGUUCGAGACCGGCGCAGUGCCUGGGAGGGUUGAUGCGUACUGCUAUGGGCAUGAUUUCGAGGACUUCUCCAAAGAUGCUUGGAUACUGGACGAGUGGGUCUUUGAGCGCGUGAAAGGGCUGUUCGAGGCUGCGAAGACGAAUGCGACGCUGAACGUUGAGCUGCGAAAGGACAAGAAUGUGUUCUUCCUGCACCUGCUGGGAUUGGACACUGCGGGACAUGCGCAUCGACCAUACUCGUGGCAGUACCUGCACAACAUCCAGAUCGUGGAUCGUGGUGUUAAGGAGAUUACUCAGUUGAUCGAGGAUUUCUACAAUGACGACCAGACGGCAUUUGUGUUCACUGCGGAUCACGGCAUGAGCGACUGGGGCAGUCACGGAGACGGAAACCCAGAUAACACGCGUACACCUUUGAUCGCAUGGGGAGCUGGUGUUGCGAAACCAAUCAAGACCGCAGGCACAAAGGCAGAGGGCCACGAAGAUGGCUUCUCUCACGACUGGAACCUUGAUCACAUUCAGCGAAAUGAUGUGGACCAGGCAGAUGUCGCUGCGCUUAUGGCCUAUCUUGUGGGACUCGACUUCCCUACGAAUUCGGUCGGUGUGCUGCCGCUUACCUACCUCGAUAAAGACGACAAGGCGAAGGCGGAAGCACUCUUGGUCAAUGCGAAACAGAUACUGGAAAUGUACCGCGUCAAGGAGGAGACCAAGCGCGCGCAUGCGCUAUACUACAAGGCUUUCCCUGGACUCGGCGACGAACAACACUCUGUUGAGCACCAGGUUUCGGAAAUACAAAAAGCCAUCAACGCUGGUAAGCUCGAAGAGGCUGUCAACCAGACGUACGAUCUCAUCGACCUUGGCCUUGAUGGCCUGCGGUAUCUGCAAACUUACGACUGGCUCUUCCUUCGUGCGUUGAUCACACUCGGCUACCUUGGCUGGAUCGCUUUCGCGAUCACCACAGUCGUGGAUCUCCACGUUCUCAACGAGGAUUCGGAAGCACAAAGAACGACACAGAGCGUUGCAGUCUUCUCGUCGGUUUUGGUUGUACUGUAUUCGGUCCUGUUGAAGCAGCGAUCGCCUCUGUGGUACUACGCUUACGGCUUCUUUCCUGUGCUCUUCUGGGAAGAGGUCUACGCACGAAGAUCAUCACUCAUUAAAGGAAGCAAAGACCUCUUCAGCCACGUCAACACUCCAGCCGACAAAGCUAAGCUGAUACUGGCAACACUCGGCUCUCUAGGCCUGCUGCAGGCUUUGGUACAAAGCUACUUCCAUAGAGAGAUCUACACAGUCUGCUAUCUCCUGGCUGCAACUUGGCCUACAUUCUACGGUCAAGACUUUGUGAAGAGAAACAUGGGAACGGUCGCGACGUGGAUCGUUUCUUGUAUGAUGAUGAGUAUCUUUACACUGUUACCGGCCAAUAAGUUAGAGAACGUCAGUUUGAUCAUGAUCGGUGGCGGGCUUAUGUUCGCUGUUGGCGCUGUCUACCUCGCUUGCGAGGAGAAGAUCCUCGCCAACGCAAAAUCCCGAACAAAUUCUGCUGACGCGACGACGAGCCUCAAGUCACGGCUGAUAUUGAGCAUUCAGCUGGGUUUUGUGCUUCUGUCCAUGAUCGUUACUAAGAGCAGCAUCUACUAUGUCCAAGCCCGGCAGGGUCUGCCCCUUGGUGUCCUAGUGGUAGGAUGGGCGACGCUAGUGGGCUCGCUGUUCCUACCGAAUCUACAUGGCUUGUACCCAAACAACCACUACAUCCAUCGACUCGUAGUGAUGUUCCUGCAAUUCGCCCCGACCUUUGUCAUUCUCAGCAUCUCCUUUGAAGGCAUCUUCUACUUCGCCUUCUGCCUCUGUCUCUUCAGCUGGAUGCGUCUCGAGCACCAAGUGUAUCUGCAUACAACCAGCAUACCUAAGGCCGUCCCACAACCUCGCGAGUCCGUCGAGCCUGCUGUCGCCGCAGCCAAAGACCACCCUCCGCUCCCCACGCGAACGAACGAAUAUCGCUCCCUCACACUAGCCGACGCCCGCAUCGCCCUGUUCUUUUUCUUCUUCAUCCAAUCCGCCUUCUUCAGCGCCUCAAACAUUGCCUCCGUAUCCUCCUUCUCUCUCGACGCCGUGUACCGCCUGAUUCCCGUCUUUGAUCCCUUCAGCCAAGGCGCGCUGCUCGUGCUCAAGCUCAUGGUGCCCUUCGCCGCACUAUCUGCAAACUUCGGCCUGCUCAAUCGCCGCCUGGGCGUUGCGCCCUCAGCGCUAUUCAUGGUGGUUAUGGCGGUGAGCGAUGUCAUGACGCUCAGCUUCUUCUUCAUGGUGAAGGAUGAGGGGAGCUGGUUGGAUAUUGGGACUACGAUUAGCCAUUUUGUUAUUGCGAGUUUGUUGGGUGUCUUUGUGGCGGGGUUGGAGAUCUACAGUGAGUGGACCAUUAAGGGUGUUAAGUUUGAGGAGAGGAGGAGCAUUGAGGCGAACGGGGAUGGUAACGUAUAUGCGGGGAAGAAUGGGAAGGCGAAGUAGAGCGGAAGACGCCAGAAGAAGUCUUCUAGACUCGGUAGCGAUGCGCUAUUUAGAGUAGCAUGUUUGAUUAGACUCAAUAAAAACCAAAAGUAAGACGG